AUGCGCACCAAGAAGGCCGAACAGCCGUCUGCGGUCAAAGCUGCACAGCCUUCGACCAGCCACCAACCUGCACGAGCAGCGACACCACAAGCUCCUCCACGUGAUUCACAGCCAAGUCGACUGGGCGACCCUAGGAGAGUCGAUACACCUGUUGCGGCACAAGCGGCUCCGAACCCAGCUCUGUUCCUCGCAGAAUCUCUAGCACAUGUCAUUGUUGGAGAAUGGCUGUUCAAAGAUCCCCAUAAGCCGGGACUGUUCCCCCAGUCGAACAUCUUGCAACGGCAUAUCGGACCCCCUCCUCGAGGAGCGACUGGUGUGCCUCAGCGGCGGUGGUUUCGCAUCGACCCCUACGAGCGACUCUUGUCAUGGAGUAGUAAAUGGGACACUGUAGAGACUGCACAGCACAAGAUGAGCAGGAAAGUGCCAAUCAAGUUGGUCUUCGAAGUCCCCAAUCGGAUCCCUCUGGAUGGCUGCAUUCCCACCCAUGCUGCUCCCUACGACUACUCUAUCGUCGUGGUUGCCCCAUCCAAGGUCCUCAAGAUUACUGCCCCAGACGACACUCGACACAAUAUGUGGCUUACGGCUUUGCAGUAUCUGGUAGACGCAACCAAGAAAGUCAACAACGACACAUGGCCAGACGUUCUGGCCACAAGGCUGGCACUCUUGACUCAGCCUGUCGAGGAUUUGUUCGCUACCGACAAACCUCUACCGACGCCGCGCUCCAGGCAGGAGGAUCAUCCCGACGCACGAGCCUCAGUUGCGACGGAUAAGCCUCUACCGCCAAGUCCACCUCGAAUUGCAACAGCUUCGACGGCCAUGAAACCGCCGUCCGUGCCUCGAUUCGUGCAGCAUGGCCGUGAACAAUCCGCUGGCCUAUCCACAACAGCUGAGACUGAAGCAUUUGGUCGUACAUCCGAAUCCAGCAAGGGGGUCGCAGCGAGCGUGAGGAGUCAACAAGCUGAGCCGUUCACACCGUACGAUGAAAAGCCUGUCUCCGAGCCGCGGGAGAGCAUGCAACAGGAGACCGGCCAUGACACUGACACAGAAACCGAUGUUGGGCAGAUGGAUGCCAUCUUGGACCGACUGCCUGGCAUGUGA